AUAAACAAACGAGAUGUAAUUUGACAAAGCGUUAAAAAUGUUACUAAACUAAAGUUUUCGUUUGAUUUUUUGAAACGAAAUUGAAUAAAAUAAUCUUGUGUUGUUCUCUAUCUAUCUAUGGCUAUUUUGUUCAGUGCAUUCAAUAAAUAUUUUCAAAGAGUUUGAACUGAAGAAAUUGUUCAUCGAAAAAGAAAGAGUAAAAGCAAAAAUUGGAAUAAUAAUUUAUAUUAUUAAUUAUUGCAGUGCUCUUAUGGGUCCAAAGAGAGAGAUAGCAAUGAAGAAAACAACACAGAUGGCUGGUGUUCUCGAGGAGGGCAGGCAGUGUGGUGUUGGAGAUUUUGUUCUUAUGGAUUCUAUUGAUCUUAAUUCUUUCAUGAAAAACUUGCAAAUAAGAUUUGAAGCCAACAAAAUUUACACAUACAUAGGAGAGGUGAUAGUAUCUGUAAACCCCUACAAAACCCUUGAUAUAUUCAACAAGCAGUACAUUGAUUCCUACAAAGGCAGAGAAAUUUUUGAACGACCUCCCCAUCUUUUUGCAAUUGCUGAUGCAGCACAUAAAACAAUGAAGAGGAAAUUCAAAGACACAUGCAUUGUUAUCUCAGGUGAAAGUGGUGCUGGAAAAACAGAAGCUUCUAAAAUUAUUAUGAAAUAUUUAGCCUCUGUAACCAACGUAUCAGGACAAAAAGAAGUUGAAAGAGUGAAAAAUAUCCUGCUACAGUCAAACUGUAUUUUGGAGUCUUUUGGUAAUGCCAAAACAAACAGAAAUGAUAAUUCAAGCAGAUUUGGCAAAUACAUGGACAUCAACUUUGAUUUUAAAGGUGAUCCAAUAGGAGGACACAUUGAAAAUUAUCUUUUAGAAAAGUCAAGAGUUGUACACCAACAGCCAGGAGAGCGAAACUUUCAUUCAUUCUAUCAGUUAUUGCUAGGUGGAGAAGACAGGCGGCUCUCAGAAUAUGGAUUGUCAAGAGAUCUCAAAUCUUACGCCUACUUGAAUCAAAGAGGAGAUACUGAAGGCGGCCUGGCUUCUGACAAAACAGAUUACAAACUCGUUAAUGACGCUGUUGAAAUUAUUGGGUUUGGACAAGCUAUUGAUACCAUGUGGAAAAUUGUCUCUGCCAUUUUACACUUGGGAAACUUAGAAUUUCUGGCAGAAAAUGAUGAUGCGAAAAUAAAGGACAAAAAAAUUUUGAAAAACAUAGCAUCACUGUUAAACGUUGAUUCUACAGAAGCUGAGAAAGCGCUCUGCUCCAGAGUAGUUGCUGCGAAAGGAGAGAGAGUUGAAAAGGGUCACACGGUUGAACAGGCUGCUUAUGGAAGAGACGCAUUUGCGAAGGCAAUCUACGACCGUUUAUUCACGUGGAUCGUGGCAAAUGUAAACAAUGCAAUUCAUCUAAAGACGACUGGCAGUAGCAAAAACACAAUCAUCGGUGUUCUUGACAUCUAUGGCUUUGAGCUUUUUGAUAAUAACAGUUUUGAGCAGUUCUGCAUAAAUUACUGCAAUGAAAAGCUUCAGCAACUUUUCAUAGAGCUGGUGUUGAAGCAGGAGCAGGAAGAAUACACCAGGGAAGGCAUCGAAUGGCAACAUAUAGAUUACUUUAACAACAAGAUAAUCUGUGAUCUGGUGGAGGCGCCUCACAAAGGCAUCUUCGCUGUACUCGAUGAGGCCUGCAUAACAGUUGGUAAGGUUACUGAUCAGAUGUUCCUCGAUGCUCUCAGUGACAAACUGAAGAACCACAACCAUUUUGAAACUAGAAAGAACAAAUCGAAUGAUAAGACUCUAGAGUUUGGAAAGGAAUUCCGUGUGGUGCAUUAUGCUGGUAACGUAACAUACUGCGUUAAUGGUUUCAUCGAUAAAAAUAAAGACCUCUUGUUUCAAGAUUUCAAACGAUUGCUACAUAACAGUUCGAACCAGAUAAUCAAAUCAAUGUGGCCAGAAGGAGCAAAAAGUGUCGACGCCGUCACAAAGAGGCCUACAACGGCAGGGACCAGUUUCAAAAAUUCCAUGAUUGAACUCGUAAAAAAUCUGGCUUCUAAAGAACCUUUUUACGUUCGUUGCAUUAAACCAAACGAAGACAAAUCGCCAGUAAAGUUUGAUAGAGAAAGAUGUGAACACCAAGUUAAAUAUUUAGGUCUCUUGGAAAAUGUUCGAGUUAGGAGAGCUGGCUUUGCUAUCAGAAUGCCUUAUGACAGAUUUCUUAAAAGGUAUAAAAUAAUAUCUGCCUCUACCUGGCCAACGUUUCGAAAAGGAUCAGACCAGGAUGGUACCAGGCUUAUCAUCAGAGAGAACAACUUUGAAUCAGAUGUCAAAUACGGAAAAACUAAAAUUUUCAUCAGAAGUCCGAAGACUAUGUUUGCUUUAGAACAGAAAAGAGAAGAUAAUAUACCAAAAAUUGCAAAAAUUAUGCAGAGGGUUUGGAGAAAUCAUGUUAUACGUUCUUACAUAAAAAGCGUUAGAGCCAAUUUAGGCAAAGUGACAAGCAAAAAUUCCCGAGAUUCAAAGUGGCCAACUCCUCCAAGAAUCAUGGUUCCCGUUGAACCUAUUCUCAAGAAAAUCCAUUCUAGGUGGAAUUGUUAUAUGAAAUUGAAACAAGUUUCGACAGAAGACUUGCCUACGCUAGAAUUAAAAGUUUUUUCUGCUGAUGUGCUUAAGGGAAGAAAAAAAGACUCUACCCCUGGAAGGAAAUGGGAGAGAAACUAUUUAGUUAAUCCAAAAGAAAACAGAAAUAGUGCAGAUGCAGAAAGAACUUUAGAUCUUCUGAAAACCCAGGAUCAAUUCAGAAAAAUUUGGUUUUCUAGUUUCAUCAAAAAGACCAAUAGGUUUGUGAAAACUUCAGAUAGAGCGAUCGUGAUCACUGACAGAUUCAUAUACAAACUUGAUGGCAAAAAACCAUUCAAAUGUUUAGCAAAAGGAAUUCCUAUAUCAGAGAUGACAGGUGUGAGUGUAGGACCAGGCUCAGAUCAACUUUUGGUGAUUCACUUAAACAGAGGAAAUGACUUAGUUGUUAGUCUGCAGUCGUUAUUUAAAUUUGAUUUGGUAGUUGAAGCUGUUGGAGCCAUAAAUCGACUUUUACAUCUGCAAAAACAGAAGUUACAAGUUAAUGUCGGCAAAAGUCUGUCGACAAUGCUAGGCAACAAACGCAAGCAAGUAAACAUCGUUCAGGACGGAGUACCCUCUGCCACUUUCGUUAAAAAUGGAAAUGACAUUAACUAUUUGUGGCCACAGAGUUAAAUGUUAAAGACAACGAUUACUUGCUUUUUUCAACAUAAUUUUGUUAAAUAAUAAUUUGCCAACAAAACUGACUUACACUAAAAUUGACCUGUGCACUUUUCAUGGCCAGUUAAAAUUAAAUCUUGAUACAAUUUUCAUCCUGUCUUUUGUUAAUAACAAUUGGUGAUAUUUUUGAGCAGCAUACACAUCGUGGCAAAAUAAUUAUAUUGUCAUUUUUAUGUAACACAAUCUACAUUUUCAUAAUUUUUUAAACGUUAAGUAAAACAUCGUUGUAAUUCAUUGUAUGAAGUUUUAUGUUGACGCGUUUUGAUUAUAUUUUCUUUUUUUGUUAAACGUUCAUCUUGAAUAAAUUUAC